UCAACUUCAUACGAAAUGCGAAUGGCUCAAUCUGAGUCCAUUGGUAUAGACGACCAUCCAAACUAUAUUAUUACGAAUGGAGGUGGAGUAGGAUCAAGUGAAGUGGACAGCAGUGGAGCAUGUGGAGGAGGAGUAGGAGGAAAUGAUUGUAGUAUAGAGCUUGGCUCACCUGCAUCAUCGACCACUCCACGAGGAUCAUCAAUCACCAAGACACACUUUUCCAAGCCCAAUGACGACACACAAUAUCCAUACUCUCCACAAUUCUCCGAUACUACCUUUUCAAUCCUAGUCGCAGUAGUCUGUAUAUACUCCUUGGCCUACUCAUUCAUUGUUGGUCCAUUUUCAAUACUAUUUGCAUUCAUUAUAUCACUGAUUGUGAUCACUACUUAUACAUUGGUAUGCUCAGCCAAGCACAACAAGUGGUAUAUAUUAUGGAUGACGGUCCUGUCUAUUGCACUGGGACUAUGUAUCCCUUCAUUCUUUGAAGCCACAGGCAAGGUUGUCAUACAUCUCCAACUGUCAACAUGGGAUCAAACAUUAUUGGACACAGAUAGUAGUCUGAUGGGAUGGCUGUUCCCAAUGGGUCAGAUGGGCCUGUACAUCGACAAGAGUGACAGGCUUGGUCCCGACUCAUUCAUUGGCAGUCUGUCCACCGAAGUCUUCCAGCUAUCCUACAUCAGCUACUACAUAUGGGGCUACUCGAUGGAGAUCUACCUCAUCUACAACCUGUGGCGAUGCUACCUUUCCAAGGACAUUGAGAAGCGACGACGCAUGCCCAUCUGGGAUCAGCUGCUCAAGAUGUUCAUCGUCACGUGGAUCAGCACAUACUUCAUCGUGUUCUCGAUCAAUCUCAUGGUUCCGGCGGUCAGUCCACGAGUGUAUCUUCAGGGCGAGUAUGUGAACAGUCUCAAAGGCUUUGGAUUGGCAGGCAUCAUUCGAAGCAAGAUUGAUAAUGCAGCUCAAGGUAGCUUUGGAUCAUUUCCAAGUGGACAUAUUGCCACUAGUUGGGCAGUGGCAUUCGCUUCAUACAAGAUAGUUCCGGUCUAUGGCAUAGUAUCUGGGUUUGCAGCAUUCCUCAUCACAAUUGCCACAAUGUAUUUGAGGUAUCAUUAUAUGGUGGACUUCUUGGGUGCGAUGCCAGUAUCAAUAUUCUGUAUAUUCUUUGGAGGAUUCUAUUCUAUAUCAGAUGUAAUUAGACAUACCAAACGAGCAUUACUAUUAUUAAGAUCUAGAUUAGUUGUGGAUGGAAGUGGGCAACAGGAUGAGGAGACCGAGUCC